AUUUGUGUGUGUGUGUGCGUGUGUGUGCUGCAGGCUGGCGCUGCUCUCAGCGCUCCACUCCCCGCUUCCCCGUCAGUAGCGUUUGGAGCCAGGCGGCUGCAGACCGAAGCGCUGUCCCUUCAGCACCACGUUCCUGCGCUAGGAAAAGCCCAGUCCUACACAGCUCGGCCCGAUCUGCCCCAAUAAAGCGUGGUUUGCAGUCUGGAAAGUGAGGUCCAAGAAUGGUGAAGCUGGGGAGUAAUUUGAGUGACAAGAACAGCAAACAACCAUCCAGUGAAGAUGGUUUUCAGACAGUUCCUUUGAUCACACCCUUGGAAGUAAAUCAUCUGCAGUUCCCAGCUCCGGAAAAGGUGAUUGUGAAAACAAGAACAGAAUAUCAGCCUGACCAGAAGAACAAAGGAAAACUCAGGGUGCCAAAAAUUGCUGAAUUCACAGUCAGUUUCACUGAUGGCGUAACAGAAAGAUUAAAGGUCACUAUUCUCAUAAGUUUGGCUCUUGCAUUCCUUGCCUGCAUAGUCUUUCUUGUGGUAUACAAAGCCUUUACUUACGAUCACAGUUGCCCAGAUGGAUUUGUUUAUAAGCAUAAGAGAUGUAUCCCAGCCUCCCUGGAUGCCUAUUACUCAGCACAGGAUUCCAAUUCCCGGGGCAGAUUCUAUACUGUCAUAAGCCAUUACAGCAUGGCUAAGCAAACCAGCUCACGGUCUGUAUCGCCCUGGCUUUCUUCGGGAUCGGUAAACCAUGAAGCCAAGGCUGCCAAGACAGAAGGCCAUUAAAACUACUCAGUAGUGACGGGAGGGGUUGGGAGUAGGGAAACAACACCGUGUCUAUGAAGUAUCGCUCUGCCUCAGAGAGGGCGCAGUGCUAACAGCACAAGAAGAAGAAAUGAAACUCAAGUGCAGGAGUCAUCUUAAUUGAUAUUUCUUUUCGUGCAUUGUUCUCGUUGAUUUGUAACCGAGCCAAGCUCUUGUACAAAGGCAUGUUUGAUGUUGACUGUAACUUUACGAUGUAAAAAUAUUUUUAAAAUCAUUGCUUAAAUAUUUGUUAGAAAAAUAAAUGGAAAAACAAAAAAAGCAAAUUCAGAAAACAACCAGAGAGGAUGGAAUCAGGCAAAGAGAAUCUCCCAGAAACUGUAUCUUUGGCAGAAAUGUGUGAACCUAGAGCAGUAUGUAACGGAAGAACAUUUGAAUACCUUGUUUGACAUGCAGGGGUAGGAGGAAGUCUUUUACGAAUCAUGUCACUGGGUAGUUAAACUUGCCAGAGCAGGGUCCUUCUACUGGCAAACUGAGCUGCUCAAAAUAUGGUAUCAGCAUUAGUUUGUGGCCAGAGAAGUACACACGCAUGUGUGUUCAGUCUGAGGUCUGAAUUAAAAACAGAAGGAUCUAGGGAUUUGGAAUACACAGUCAUAAUAUUGGAGAUUUUCAGUGGGUUUGUCAGGAUUAAGUGUUUGGGACAUAGAGCAGAAGAAGGAAGCUGUUGUGUUUAAAUCUCUUCAGCACAGGACCGGGAGUCAGGCUCUAUUCCCAGUUCUGUCACAGAUUACCUGUGUGAUCUUGGACAAGUCACAUGGGGCCUGAUCCUUUGAGAUGCUGAGCACUUCUUUGGAGAGCAAAGAAACAAAUAACUUCAUUGUAAGUCUAGGAUGCUUAGCACCUCGCAGGAGAGGGUUAGCACCUUAAAGGAUCAAGCCCCCUCUGUGCCUCAUUUCCCCCUUAUCCUUAUUUCAUGGACAUUACUUAUGUGGGGAUUGUGAGGGUUUGUCUGUUGGUGUGUAAAAUAUUUGGAGAGUUAACGAUAGACAGUGCAAUCAAAAUUCAAAGUUUGAGUUGACUUAUAAACCCGUGAACGUAAAAACAAACACCAAGCCGAGUCCAGCCCUGUACGGUGUUCAAACACAGCCCAGUAUUUAGCUUGUAAACUGAUCUGAGCAAGCAUGUCUGUUUUGUAAGACUUGAGCAAAAGGAAUUUUCUUUUUCAGAGCUGCCACCCAAAACAUCUCAGUGUGACAGUUAGAAUACUUGAGAUCGCAGUCAGCUUGAGUUCAAAAGAAUAAGCACCAGGAGUAGGACAAGAUAGAUGUUUGGGUUUGGAGUUUAAGGUUUGCAUUUCACCAAGCCUGCUGAUCAGAUUUGUAGGUGUUGCAGGCUAGAAACUGGGAGCCAAACCCACUGGGCAGAGUUUUGUCCUUCAUUAUGCACACACAGCUGCUAGGGAUUUGAAUGGGACUAGCCUGGUGUAAGUGGGGGCAGGACUGAGCUGACAGGAGUCAUGAUAAGCAAUUGUAUAGUAUAGCUAAAACUGUAGUGCCAAACCCCAUCGUCUGAUUCCCCCUCCCUCCAUAUUUCACCUGUAAAUUCAUUUCUCACUUGAAAUGUACAAACCCCACCACAGAAAAAUCAAAACUUCGACAAACGACUGAACAAUUUAUAAUUUUGUGGUGUGCGUUUUGUCAGUAAGUAGCAGAGACUGAAGUAUUUUUUGGUGUAAUUCUUGAACUUUUCUGACAGGAAAAAUAAAGCUAGAUGUGUCUGAGAGUCUCA